GUAGACGCGAAGCCCUCGAUCCUUUCUGUCUACGGCUUCUGUGCGCUGGGCCUUUAAAGGUCACGUGACUCCCCUCCGGCUCGUCCCCUCCUAUUUCCCCUCCCCGGGCCCGAGCGAGCUCUGGUCUGGAUUGGAGGCUCCCAGCCCGGCAGACUUACUGGUGCACGGACGCCUCAACCAGUUAGGCCGGUGCCCUUUCCCGCAAGACUGUCCAGGUUUCUGCCACUGAGACUUAACUGCCUCUUCAAUCAUUUCAGCUCUGGAAAGGAAGAGAAAUGGAAGUGAAAAAGUUGAGCAUUUCCUGGCAGUUCUUGAUAGUUCUGAUUCUGAUCCUGCAAAUUCUGUCUGCGUUGGAUUUUGACCCGUACAGAGUCCUAGGGGUCAGCCGAACAGCCAAUCAGGCAGAUAUUAAAAAGGCUUAUAAGAAGCUCGCCCGGGAAUGGCAUCCUGACAAAAAUAAAGAUCCUGGAGCAGAAGACAAGUUCAUUCAAAUUAGCAAGGCUUAUGAGAUUCUUUCCAAUGAAGAAAAGAGAUCAAAUUAUGACCACUAUGGAGAUGCUGGAGAGAACCAGGGCUACCAGAAGCAGCACCAGCAGCGAGAGUAUCGCUUCCGCCAUUUCCAUGAAAAUUUUUAUUUUGAUGAAUCUUUUUUUCAUUUCCCUUUUAAUUCUGAGCGGCGGGACUCAAUUGAUGAAAAGUAUUUAUUGCACUUUUCCCAUUAUGUGAAUGAAGUGGUUCCAGAUAGCUUCAAGAAACCCUACCUCAUUAAGAUCACCUCGGAUUGGUGCUUUAGUUGUAUUCAUAUUGAGCCUGUUUGGAAAGAAGUUGUUCAAGAACUUGAAGGAUUAGGUGUAGGAAUUGGUGUGGUACACGCUGGGUACGAGAGGCGCUUGGCCCAUCAUCUGGGAGCACACAGCACACCCUCUAUCCUCGGAAUUAUAAAUGGGAAAAUCUCCUUCUUCCAUAAUGCCGUUGUCCGUGAGAACCUACGACAAUUUGUAGAAAGUCUCCUCCCUGGGAACUUGGUGGAGAAAGUUACAAAUAAGAAUUAUGUCAGAUUCCUCUCUGGCUGGCAGCAAGAGAAUAAACCUCAUGUCCUUCUGUUUGACCAAAUGCCAGUCGUGCCACUGCUCUACAAGCUGACAGCUUUUGCAUACAAAGAUUAUUUGUCAUUUGGAUACGUAUAUUCCAGUUUGAGAGGGGUGGAAGAGAUGACGAGGCAGUACAACGUCAACGUCCAUGCCCCCACCAUCCUGAUCUUCAGGGAGCACAUAAGCAAGCCGGCUGCCGCUAUCCAGGUCCGAGGUAUGAAGAAGCAAGUCAUUGAUGACUUCAUCACCCAAAAUAAGUAUCUCCUGGCAGCCAGGCUCACCAGCCAGAAGCUGUUCCAUGAACUCUGCCCUGUGAAACGGUCUCACCGACAGAGGAAGUACUGUGUGGUUUUACUGACUGCUGAGGCCACCAAGUCCAGUAAACCUUUUGAGGCUUUCCUGACCUUUGCCCUGGCAAACACACAAGACACAGUGAGAUUCGUGCAUGUCUACAGCAGUCGGCAGCAGGAGUUUGCCAACACCUUGCUACCAGAUGGUGAAACGUUUCAAGGAAAAUCAGCGGUAUCUAUCUUAGAAAGGCGUAACACAGCAGGAAGGGUGGUUUAUAAAACGCUGGAAGAUCCCUGGACUGGGAGCGAGAGUGAUAAAUUCAUCUUGUUAGGUUACCUCGACCAGCUGCGGAAAGAUCCGGCUCUUCUGUCCUCUGAAGCCGUGCUUCCCGACCUGACUGAUGAACUCGCGCCCGUUUUUCUCCUUCGGUGGCUCUACUCUGCUUCUGAAUACGUCUCAGACUGCUGGGAUAGUGUGUUUCACAACAACUGGCGGGAGAUGAUGCCUCUUCUGUCCCUGAUCUUCUCUGCCCUCUUCAUCCUCUUCGGCACUGUCAUUGUGCAGGCUUUCAGUGACUCAAAUGAUGAGCGAGAGUCAAACCCUCCAGAUAAAGAAGAAGUCCACGAGAAGGCUGGGAAGACUGAGCCGAGCUUCAGCAAAGAAAACAACAGCAAGAUUCCCAAAAAAGGCUUUGUGGAGGUAACCGAACUCACAGAUGUGACCUAUACCAGUAACUUGGUGCGCCUGAGGCCAGGCCACAUGAAUGUGGUCCUCAUCCUGUCCAAUGCCACCAAGACCAGCCUGCUGCAGAAAUUUGCUCUGGAGGUCUACACAUUCACUGGGAGCAGCUGCCUACACUUCUCCUUCCUGAGUCUGGAUAAACACAGAGAGUGGCUAGAAUACCUGUUAGAAUUCGCUCAAGAUGCAGCCCCAAUCCCAAACCAGUAUGACAAGCAUUUCAUGGAACGUGACUACACUGGUUACGUCCUGGCUCUGAAUGGCCACAAGAAAUACUUUUGCCUCUUCAAGCCCCAAAAAACAAUCGAAGAGGAGGAAGCCAUGGGGUCGUGUGGUGAUCUUGACUCUUCCCUCCACCUGGGUGAAUCUCGAGGGAAAUCUUCCUGUGGCCUUGGAUCCAGGCCCAUCAAAGGGAAACUGAGCAAGUUGUCCUUAUGGAUGGAACGCCUGUUGGAAGGCUCCCUGCAGAGGUUUUAUAUCCCAUCAUGGCCUGAGCUAGACUGAAAGGAUUUCAGAAGAGAGCUGAACUCUUCAGACUUUUUAAUAUGCCCCUGUGAACAGGUAUUUUCAGGAUUCAAACUAUCACAAUGAACAGAAUAUAGAUUUUAGAUUCCUUUUCUAGAACAAUGGCUAGAAGAACCUUUCCUUUUUCCUGUUCUAACCUAGGAGUGAAAAACACCGCAAGUUUGAAUUCCCUGGAUCAAAAUGUCUGUCUCUGUUUUUUGAUUUUUUUUUUCCUUAAUUUGAAUGCCACACUAUUUAAAAUAGACUACUCAUUCUCUCUUCCUUUGUCCCCAUCAUGUGCUCGGAGUACAGGCCCCUGUCCUGUCUCUUAUGUUGGAGAAACACAGGGCUCAACCCGCAGCAGCACCUGGACGGCACCCCAUGAGCCCAUUGUGCAGGUGGGGUCAUUUACCCCCCGGCCCCUUCCUCCAUGCCCCACCCUUGCCCCUGCUGUGCUUCUGCCCUGGUGCAUGCUCUAACACUGGAACAAUCCACAGCAGCUUCCUAGGCCUUGCAUCUUGAAAGAAGCCCUAGUUCCAAGCAUUUUUAUAAGUAAUGGUUUUUCAGGUAGUAAGUGGCUAAAAGUAUAUUUGGGGAGUAUCCCCCCUACAGUAGUUUGACAACUGUGGUUCUAAAAGGAUAGAGAGCAGUGGGAGUUCUGCAUGUGAGUUUGGUAUUCUUCCCAAAAAGGGAGGAAAGGGAAGGGCUGGGCAGUGACUGAAGUGACGCAGCUUUCGGAUUCCUUUGUGAGCGUUCCAUCAGCUGCCUCCCCAGCACUAAACGUAGCCAGGGAGGGAUCUGUGCAGCAAGAAGUACUGUAACGACUUCAAGCCAUUUCUGUGUAUGUUUCCAGAUGCCUUUCUGCCUCUGUCAAUUUUAGCAUAUGGAUAUUAGGAGCCAUAACUUGUAAUCUCGUUCUCUGAACAUAGAGAUAAGCUGCUAUGAGCCAGUAGAUGCUAAACUGAAGACAGAUUAUUCCCACCUGCCAGUGAAUCAGGCUCCAGGAACCUCUUCACUCCAGUGGUAUCCCUUUAGUAAAAUACAGACAUAUCUUUGUGUCAAGGAACUUAAAAUUGAUCAACAAUUGUAUUUUGAACAGUUACCCCAAAAGUGCUGUAUCUUCAGUUGAGUCCUCUUUUGUGAUGAGUGAGCCAAGGCUUGCUCUAGACUCCCAUUUUGCAAAAGGCUUACUCUCAGCUUCUGGCCUGUAUUUUGAUGUCUCAUCUUAAUUGUUUUCACUCUUAGCUUACAACUGCUUUACCAGUAUCAGGGUCAGACUGAUCAUCUGCACCCCAGCUUGCUGAGCUCCAGUGUAUAAUGGACUCAGAUUGUAUCUUACCAGCCAGGUAAAGGGUUUACCUUUUAUCCUUAGGGCAGGACCACCAAGGGAUCCUGAACAACUUCAAAGAGUGGUCUAUCAAAUGUCAGAGCAGAUUGCCCUUUUGUAAAGUGGAGGGUGAAAAUCACUGAUGGGACAUUUCCUAAGUUAGUAUUUCUUUGUUCAUAAUUGCUUUAAACUAAACCAUUCACAUCCUGAAUAAUUUAAAUAUUGAGCUACAAUGGUAAGUAAUAUAUUAUUUGAACCCAGGAAUUCCUAUGAUUUUCAUGGAAUCUCUAGCUUUAUUAAGAACUAAAUCACUGCCAGGCUUCAUUCUUCCAGAUGAUCCUCUGAAUGCCACAUAUCACAUCAGCCAGCCCACCUAGAGAUGGUCAGGGAGUCACCUGGCAUCAUCUGGCACUUGUCCUCAAAAUUAUUCCCUGGGCCUUUUGGCAGCCAGCUUGCUUAUGAGUAAUGUUUUGGUUCAGUGGUAUGUUUGUGUGUGUGUUUUUAAUUGUGGUAAUCAGUGGUAGGUUUUAUUUUAAAUUUCUGGUACUAAUGGAAUUCCUGACCUUAAUUUCUGAAAACCAAAAACUCCCCCAAUUUGUUAAAAAGCACCUUCAGAUAUCUGCACCUUCCAUUUGUACCAGCAAAAGAAAGUGGUGAUAGAAUGGAGAACAUUCCAGGAAAAUGUUUCAGUCUAAAAAUUCUUCUACAGAUGAUCUGUUUGGGGACUGGUAGAUUUGUCCCCCAAGAGGGGAUAUUUUUUCAUUCUUCAUGGACUCAGGGAACUUUAUUUUAAAUUGAACUUUACUCUUGACCAUUGAAGACUUUCUUCCUGAAUGUUAUUUCCAUAAAUCUGUUUACUUCUCUCAAAUGCGUGAGCCAUUGUCGUGCUCAGCCAACGCCACCAUUUCUCUUUCUGAUGUGUGUAAUCCUCAUACAAGACCCAGUUUUGGUUUACGUUAACUUCCUAGUCUUCAAGUACAAUAUCUUGAAACCAACAGCGCCGAUGUUUUUAAAGAUGGGCUUUUCUGGUUGAUACAGACUAUACAUCGUGUUUAGCAGAUGGGAAUGAAAAUGGCAACUAGCCCCAAACAAGUCUUUAUAUAAUGCACUCCCACUACAAAGGUAUUUUUUUUAUUGCUCGAGUGUUGGUUGCACAAUCUGGCUAACAUAGAGGUCAUCAGCUCCAACUAAGCAAUGUUUCACUGAGCAAGACUGUCCCAACUUCCAUUAAGCUACAAAGUCUUGCUGCCCUCAUUUAUUGACCAUGAAGAUUUGUUUUCAGUUUUCAAAUAAACAGGUUGAUUUCCUCACCAUUCCUAGCCUAUUCACACUUGUACCCUUUUAUUUAUUAUCAUUCAAAUCAAUUUGCAACUGCCAUCAGUAGAAAUGUUUUCCUGACAUAAAAAGUAAUGGGAUCUGAAUGUGUUUUAAGUGAUUAGCUUUGUUUGGAAACAGGGAUUGGAAGCAAAGACUCAAACUUUUUUUUUUUUUUUUUUUUAAGUAAAACUCUUUAAAAGCUGAUGCAAAGCAUCUUUAAAGAUGAAAUGUUGUUCAAGUCCAAAAUACCUGACCUUGUCUUUACAGUAAAUACAGUGUGGCAGCUGCUGAAUCUUAUCUGUUCAGUUUGUCAAGGAGGAUGAUAAUACUUGGGAGACAGAUCUGAAAAGAAGGUGAAUAUUUUGCACUUUUGAUACUCACAGGAACAAAUAAUUUAUUUGGCGAAUCUUGUCUUUUUUAUGUUUGUAUUGUGAACAGGCACUGAAGCUGAUGUUAUUUUGUUUUGAGAAUCUUACAGACUGGAAACAGAAAUAAACUAUUUUAAUGUGUGAUGA